AUGCCAAAAAGAGCAGCUGAAGAAACAGGGCCGCAAAAAGCAGCCAGAACGAGUUUGAGCGGGGCACCACCAGCAAAAGUGGUAGAGUGGGGUGAUGCGGAUGAAGAUAUGGAUUUAAAAAUUGAAGGUGGAAUGGAAGGAAGAGUUGGGGAUGAUUAUGAAAGUGAGGAAGAGAUAGUAGAGCUAGGGGAUGAGGAAGGGGAACACAUGGAGGAAAUCAAAGAGGAAAAGGAUGGAGAAAGCAAUAAGAACGGAGCACAACAGAUAUAUGUGCCGGGUAAGUCGCGUGCAUUGGAGCCGGGUGAGAUUUUGGAGCCAGAUCCAACAACAUAUGAGAUGUAUCACAAGGUGAAUAUGCCUUGGCCCUGUAUGAGUGUGGAUAUACUUCAAGACAAGCUUGGUAAUGAGAGAAGAAGCUAUCCUGCAACGAUGUAUGUUGUCACAGCAACGCAGGCGAUGCGGCCAAAAGACAAUGAGCUUCUCGUGCUGAAACUUUCGUCUUUGAAAAAGACACUUGAGAAAGAUGAAAAUGAACAAGAUUCAGAUGCAGACUCCGAUUCGGACGAUGACUUCUCCGGUGACCCAAUUCUCGAGUCGGAAGUGAUUCCAUUGCGUAGUACGACAAAUAGAAUACACACGAAUACACUUACAAGCAGAUCGGACCGGUAUUAUACGGCGACAAUGCACGAGAAUGGAGAAGUGUGCAUUUUCGAUGUUGGUGCACAGAUGCGUGCAUUCGACACUCCCGGCUACGUUAUUCCGAAAACAGCGAAAAGACCACAGCAGGUGGUGAAGGCACACGGAAAUGUGGAGGGAUACGGAAUGGAUUGGUCGCCCUUGGAGCAGAAUGGUGCACUAUUAACAGGAGAUGUGAGCGGCAGAGUUUAUCUAACAAAAAAUACCGGGUCGAAGUGGACGACCGACCGCGAAGCAUUUCAGGCAAGCGACGCGUCGAUCGAGGACAUUCAGUGGUCGAAGUCAGAGCGGACAGUUUUUUCGACCGCGGGGGUUGACGGGUACAUCAGGAUUUGGGACACGCGCGCGAAAAACCACACUCCGGCCCUCAGCGUCGUCGCGUCGAAAACGGACGUUAAUGUUAUUUCGUGGUGUGAGAAGAUCGACUAUCUCUUGGCUUCCGGCCACGAUGAUGGUGUUUGGGGUGUGUGGGACUUGCGAAACUUCCGCCCGAACAAGCAACCCUCUCCUGUUGUGUCGUACGAUUUCCACAAAAAGCCAAUCACGGCUAUUUCGUUCGACCCGCUCGACGAGUCGAUCGUCGCAGUCGCGUCUGAGGACAACACAGUCACACUUUGGGAUCUUGCAGUGGAGGCCGAUGAUGAAGAAGUCCGCCAACAGCAGGCUGGAAAUGAUCAGCUUAAGGAUAUACCACCUCAGAUGAUGUUUGGCCACUGGCAGAGAGAUGUGAAGGAUGUUUGUUGGCAUAGGCAGAUUCCGGGAACACUUUUGAGUACUGGAAGUGACGGAAUGAACGUGUGGAAGACCAUCUCUGUGUGA